AUGUACGGCUGUAGAUCCGGAGGUCCUGGGUCCGAGUCCCGGGUCGGGCCUUUAGUUAUUGAGAUUUUCUGUAGCAGCCAAGAGUUGGAAUGUGGAGUGCCCCUGCGGAGACACACUAGACAGCCCCGGGAGCGAUCGGCGGGACAACUUCGUAUCAUUAAAGGCCGGGAAUCUAAAAGAGGCGCGUGGCCGUGGCAGGUGUCACUGCAACUUCUUCAUCCCAACUACGGUCUGAUCGGACACUGGUGUGGCGGCGUGCUCAUACACCCGCAGUGGCUGCUGACCACCGCGCAUUGUAUUCAUAAUGACCUUUUCAACCUUCCGUUGCCAGCCCUCUGGACCGCAGUUCUGGGUGAGUGGGAUCGUGCUGAACAGCGAGGAGCUUACGUUCCUAUUGAAAGUAUUAUCCUGCAUCAGCGAUUCCAUAAUUAUCAACAUGAUAUAGCUCUGAUGAAAAUGAUAAGGGCAGCUGACGUCAGUCCUGGAAGUCGAAUUCGCACUAUUUGUUUACCCUCCUACGAUAUACCCAUUAGCAAUCACAAUACUGAGAGAAGCACGUCAUUUUUCAUGAAAUCUGAAAGUGAAAUGAACAAAAAGCAACGUCCAGCCAGACCUGAUCCAGAUACAGCUGUCAAAUAUUUAGAAAAAUUGAACAAUUUAACUAAAAACGUCUUCUCAGGGAUUACAAAGAAACACAACAGCCGAUACAACGUACGCGUAUCAAACAAUUCAAACAGGCCAACUGAAAGGAAAAAUGAUGAAGGUAGAGAAAAAGUUGAAAAAAGUAAAGACGUAGCGUACGAUAGCGCAAGUUUAGACAGCGUUGUUAAGCUUAUCAAAACUAAAUCAAAAUUCGAUACAAUUAAUAGAAGUGACAAGAAACUAAUGUAUGGUGAAGAAAUAGAUCCAUUCAUUGAUGAUAAUAACGGGAUUGAUUUCAAGGAUGAGUGCUACGCGACGGGCUGGGGACGUGAACAGACAAACGGAACAUUGACAGAUGUGUUAUUAGAAGCGGAAGUACCAGUUUUACCUUUACAGCUAUGUAGGGAUAGAUAUUCGUUGAGUUUGCCAUUGAAUGAUGGACAUUUGUGUGCUGGAAGUACUGACGGCAGUACUGGAGCGUGUGUGGGUGACAGUGGCGGACCCCUCCAAUGUCGGUCAGGCGGUCGCUGGGAACUCCGGGGACUUACCUCGUUUGGUUCAGGAUGCGCAAGACUCGGCGUACCUGAUGUGUAUACUAAUGUUGCUCACUAUGUAUCUUGGAUAUAUUCAAAUAUUUAUCCUAGC